AUGGUAGCAACCAGAAAACACCAGGAGGCAUCGUGGACGCAGAGGCGAAAGAAGUCACGAACUCACGGACACGGCAGCGAGGGGGCAGGCCGAAAUGAGAUCCUUGUGCGGAUUCGCUAUAACGAAAAUCUCGAAAUGAGCCAUGAAGAAGCGUCCAAUUUUGAAAAAGCAGCCGGAGGAGGUGACCAUGUAGACCUCGAAUUCCAUCUACGUAAUACGGAAAAAGGGAAACUUGAAUUAGCCAUAUUGAAAUAUCUGCUUCCUCUUAUCCUGCUUUUGGCUCUUCUGCUACUGUUGUUGUUGUUCAUCCGGAACAAAAAGCGUUCAACGUCGACCUUGCCUCGGCCACCAUUUCGGCUCCCAAAGAAGUCACAAACGAUACUACAAGAUAUGUCCAAGGAGAUUGUCGCGAACAAUCCAAUGGUGUGGUGUGUACUAAAUCGCCCACUGAUAUGGCGUUAUUCGGAAAAGGAUUCUGCAAGUUCUAUUCAAACUCAGCAACGUGGUGAUGUGGCAUUCAGAAGUACUGUACCAGACAGCAUGUCGGAUGGCCAUGAUAAGCUUCCGUGGGCGUCUUCGUCUACAGAAAGUCGCCAGAUUCAAAGAGAGCGAACCUACGAGAGAUAA